AUGGUUGUCCUCAAGAGCCUUGUGCUCGGCGCUCUGGCAGCUACCGUUGCUGCCAAGUCUGCUGUUCUCGACCUUAUCCCCUCCAACUUCGACGAUGUCGUCCUGAAGUCCGGCAAGCCCACUCUGGUCGAGUUCUUCGCCCCCUGGUGCGGCCACUGCAAGAACCUUGCUCCCGUCUACGAGGACCUCGCCCACGCCUUCGAGUCCUCCAAGGACGUCCAGAUCGCCAAGGUCGAUGCCGAUGCUGAGCGGGACCUGGGCAAGAGAUUCGGGGUUCAGGGAUUCCCUACUCUCAAGUGGUUCGACGGCAAGAGCGACCAGCCCACUGACUACAGCGGCGGCCGCGAUCUGGAGGCCCUGAGCAACUUCAUCACCGAGAAGACUAGCAUCAAGCCCCGCAAGAAGUACACACCGCCUAGCGCUGUGAACAUGCUCACCGAUGAGACCUUCAAGACGACUAUUGGUGGCGACAAGGACGUCCUCGUUGCCUUCACUGCCCCUUGGUGCGGCCACUGCAAGAACCUCGCCCCUACCUGGGAGACCCUCGCCGAGGACUUCAUUCUUGACGAAGGCGUCGUGAUCGCCAAGGUCGACGCCGAGAAUGAGAGCAGCAAGGGAACCGCCGCCGCUCAGGGUGUCUCUUCUUACCCCACCAUCAAGUUCUUCCCCAAGGGCUCCAAGGAGGGCGAGCUCUACAACGGCGGCCGCAAGGAGGAGGACUUCAUCAACUUCAUCAACGAGAAGGCCGGCACUGCCCGCGUCCCCGGCGGUGGCCUCAGCCCCGUCGCCGGCACCAUCGCCGCCCUCGACAAGAUCGUCGCCAAGUACACCAGCGGCACCAGCCUCGCUGACGCCGCCGCCGAGGUCCAGAAGGAGGCCGAGACUCUCAAGGAGCAGGCCCAGUACAAGUACGCCGAGUACUACGUCCGCGUCUUCGACAAGCUCUCCAAGAACGACGGCUACGUCAAGAAGGAGGCUGCUCGCCUUGACAACAUCCUCAAGAAGGGCGGUCUCGCCCCCGCCAAGCGUGACGAGAUCACCAGCAAGACCAACAUCCUGCGCAAGUUCCUCGAGAAGGCCGAGGAGAAGGUCGCCGACGCGAAGGAGGAGUUGUAG